CAUGCAGCUGCCGGGCACGCCGCCGCCGCCACCGCUUGCCCCGCUUUGGGACCGCGUGCUGAGGGCGCGCGCGCUGCCACCCGACCUCGACGUCGAUCUGCUCUAUGUCGCUAUCAGAGACCGCCUCGUACACCCUGAAUGGGAAGUGCGUCUUCACGCCCUCAGAGUACUCGCCGACCUUCUACCGCUGUCGGGAAACGCUCUCUCCUUUCCUUUCGAUCAAGUCAUCGACAAUUUGGGACACGGCUCUCCAAACGUAAGGAAAGCUGCCUUGGACGCUCUUAAAGUUUUUUGCACAUACUGCGAAGAUACAGAAUGCGCUGCUAGUGCUAUUAUAGAUAAAUGUUCUUAUAAUAACAUCAGACCCCUUUCCUCGGGCUUUGAUACGAAGGUAAACGUUAUAACUGGUUUAGUUCUAUCGAUUCCGUCUGUGAUGGCUAUCCUCAAACGUAGAAACCCGGGUCUAGACAUGUUUCCAGUUUUCAAUAUUUUAGGGGAUAAACUUUUUGAAUCCUUACACAGAGAUGUCGCCCUGCGCUCUCUUAUGAAACUUCGGAGAAUCUGUGGACCUCGAGAUUACAUGUUGGCCUUUUCAAGACUGGAUCCCAAGGUGCAGGAAAAAUUUCGUGUACUCUGCGAUAAGUUCGACGAAGAUUCUCUCGAUGUGUACUACGCUCCUAGAAGAAGCUACGGCAAUCGUAAUUCACAACAUACGAAAAUGAAUCAUAACUUUAACAAUAAUAAUUUCAAAGCCCCUAUACGUUUCCCUUCCGAUUCUUCGUCAGAGGAAUCUUACGCAAUGCCCUAUUAUACGAACAAUUAUGGAAAGGUAAUAAUAGAGACGGAAAUAAAGUUCGACUCUGAUACGGCUAUCACUAUGACCGUGCUGGAACAAAACGAGACUGAGUCAGAGAAAAACACGGGGAGCGAUGACGAUGAUAGCAUCGACCGCAAUAUGUUAAAGUAUAGCGAUGACGAAUCAGAAGAUUCCGAUGUUGUUGUUAAGAAAGUGAGGUUCGGCGGAGAGAGCGUUAAAAUCCGAACACCUGACAGCGAUAAUAUAACUAGUGAAGAAGACACCAAUCAUAAUUCCACGAUGCGGGAAAAAAGCAUCGAUGUUGUUUUACCGACUACCCCAAAUAUUAUUAAUAAAAUGAACGAAAUCAAACGAGAAACAGUUGACCGAGAAUUCCGAACGAAUUCUAAAAAGAGUGCGAUACCACUGCCUGUGAUUCAUAAUCGAACACGCAAACAGAACGAUCUGAUUAAUAAUAACACAAUCAAAUCAAAGUCAAAAUCACUAAGCGAGUUAUACGAUUAUUUCAACAAGAAAACUGACGGAGAAAAUGCAAAAUCUAGGGAUACAUCUAAAUUUGCAUUGACAUUAUCUGAAGUGCGAUCACCUGAGAAAAUACCAAGUCCUGUGGAAACGCACAAGGAAGUGGAGGUGCUUCACAAUCUUCAGCGCAGUCCUUCGGUCUCUCCAAGAAGACAACAAACUAGAGUACAUAUAGAAAAAGAUGGGUUCGUGCUUAACUUGGUGGCUACGUCCCCGCCCGAGUCACUCUUACUGUCGCCCCGCGCUGCGUCCCCGCUGCGCCGCCGCUACGACUGGGAGGAGCUGGAUAUAGUGCCACCACACGUCUGCGAUCAGCUUCACAAUACGGAGAACUGGAUAGCGGCGGUACGGGCGGCGGAUCAGCUACACAGCGCGCUCCUGGAGGCAGGUAGCGUGCGUAGAGCUGAGCCCGCCGCCUUAUCUUUAGUCCAGCACAUGUGGGCGCUGAGCGACGCGGUGCCAGCUACGCGGGCGCCGGCAGAGGGCGCGGUAUGUGCCUUAGUACGCGGCGUUAGCAGCUCAUGCGCGCGGCAGCUACUCCCAGCGUUAAUAACGCGAAUAGCCCGCGAUCCGCCGCCUGCAGCAUUACCGCAUGCAUUGCUGCAGCGACUCGCGCUGCACCAUCUCAUUGACCUUAUAUUCGAUUCUGAUAUGAUUGGGUUGCGCGAUGGUAAGCAAGCGGAGUCAGCGCAACUGCGCGCGGCGUUGUGCCUGGCGCGUGCUGCAGGACCGGCCGCCGUAAUGGCAGCUGUACGACGUCGUUUGGCCGGCUCCAUGCGCGCGGAUGCAUUUUGUCGACAGCUUCGCGAAAGACUGAAUAAGCCCAUUGAAAAUAUUCGACCCAGUCACUUCAGCAGAAGUUCCCAACUACCGGUACCCACGAGACGUGCCCGGUCGACCCCACCCGCAGCGCCGCCGACUAAACCACGGCGUUUACGACCCCUGCCAGACUCAGCUCCAUUGCCUGGUGUUACACAAGGCAGAGAUGUAAUAAUGAAGCCUCUGUCCCCAAUUGAAUUAAGCGAUAAAGACUCGAGCUCAUUAACUAAUACGGCUAAUGAGAAAGAGACGACACCCACUGUCGCAACUCCAAUCGAGAGUGAGGACAAACUUCCUGAAAAUAAAGACGAUGAAAAGGAUGAAACUCAAGUAGCUCAGGAGGAUAGUGUACCAACACCACCUAAGUCGCCUUCGCUACAAAUCGAGGAUGUAUCAGAUAAAUCUACUCCUUCGCUUCGUAGCGAAAAAAUAAAAACAGAUGAUCUACCCACAGAUAGCGUCAAAGAAACGAUUGAAGCACAAAAAUCUAGUGUCGAAACCAUUGAAUCUAUAGAGCUCGAACAACUCAGUGGCAAAUCUUCAGUUGUUUCCAAAAGUAAAAGUGAACCUUCAAGCCCAAUAAAAAGUGCUAGGUUAACGCCGGAAUUGGCCCGCGAAAGCAGCGGGAGACGAUCUUUAGGUGAGCGGGAUGUACGAACUGCGCUCGCUGAAUGUAUUAUGCCAGCGCGACACGAAGACUGGGAGGCUAUCGUGACCGGUUUGAUAGAAACAGAACAAAUGGCUAUGGAUAUAACGGCGCGCGCUCCCGCCAGCAGCUGGCGGGCGGCGACCCGCGCCGCGGCCACACAUGUACGUUCGCUGCGGUCUAAAGUGGCCAGGGCGGCGUGUUCUACUCUCGGAGCUCUGUUCGAACAUCGUGGGCGCACGCUUGACCCAGAGCUAGACGAAGCGACAGGAGCGCUGCUAGAGCGCUGCGCUGACGUGAACAGGUUCUUACGAGCGGAUGCGACAAGUGCGUUGCGGCGUAUUGCGUGCGGCGGCGUGGGAGCCCGCGCGGCUGUGGCACUGGCGCGGCGAGGCGCUGCGCAUCGCGCGGGGCCUGUGCGAGCGGCGGCGGCGCAGGCCCUGGCGGCGUUGGUGCGGCACAACGGCGCGUCACCCAUGCUGGACAUGCCCGUGGAGCCUCGAACCCUAUUGCUGCGCGCCACAGGGGAACUGUUGGGCGACGCGAGCGCGGAAGCCCGGGCGCACGCGAGGCACCUCUGGAUCGCACUCGCCGAGGACUCACGGUUUCCUCAAAUGUUAAAAGACGCUAUGCCGCCAACUAGAUAUAGAGCGAUAGAGAAAUAUGUUGAUAAACUUCGUUGCCGGUAA